UUGGUGUUUCACAUUCAUUGUGUUUUCCUUAUCCCUUUCUUUCUUCUCUUUGCUUCUAACUGCUUUCCCAAUUGGGUUAUGCUCUUAAGUUGCAGAAAAGAAAAAUCCUUUUUCUUACUAAAAAAGUCUCUUUUUUUUGUGUCUUAAAAUUAUAAGCAAAGUUUAUUGCUUUUUAUUUUCUGGGUUAUUUCUAUUUUUCUUAAUUCAAUUUUAGUAUCUAAAGUGUUGUUCAUUGGUUUGAGAUCUUACAAGUGGUUCUAAAUAUGGAGAAUUUUCUCUCAUUUUUUUAUCAAGUGGUUUUUCUCUAGAUUCUUCAAGAUUUAAGAGUUUUCUCACUCAUAAAAAAGUGUAUUCUGAUUCCUUUCAAAAUAUUCUUGUGAUUGAUUUAUCCUUCAUACUAUUCUUGUCAAAAUUUGCUAUCAUUUUUUCUUCUCUGCUUUAUCUUACUCUGUUUUACUCUGUUUUGCUCUGUUUUUCUCUGUUUUCCUCUGUUUCUUGUGAAAAUUUGAUUAGAUGAAGUGGGAAAUGGAACUCCUUACUCCUACAUCAUACACUACAAACUCCAAUUGGUGUAUGGAAGAAAACAGAACCACAAAAUGGACUCAUGAAGAGAACAAACUAUUCGAAAAUGCUCUUGCAGUUUACGAUAAGGAUACUCCGGAUCGGUGGCACAAAGUUGCGGAAAUGAUACCGGGGAAAACAGCUGGUGAUGUUAUGAGACAGUACAAGGAAUUGGAAGAUGAUGUUUGUAAUAUAGAAGCUGGUUUGAUACCAGUUCCUGGAUAUAGUACUCCUACUUCACCUUUUACCUUAGAUUGGGUGAAUAGUUCUGGUUAUGAUGCUUCCAAAGGAAAUGGAAAGAGAUCUUCUUUAGUUAGAGCUCCUGAGCAUGAAAGGAAGAAAGGUGUGCCAUGGACUGAAGAAGAACACAAAUUAUUUCUACUAGGUCUAAAGAAAUAUGGCAAAGGUGAUUGGAGAAAUAUUUCGCGCAAUUUCGUCGUCACUAGGACUCCGACUCAAGUGGCAAGCCAUGCUCAAAAGUAUUUCAUAAGACAACUUUCAGGAGGGAAAGACAAGAGAAGGGCUAGCAUUCAUGACAUAACAACAGUGAAUCUCACAGAAAAAAUUGGAUCUUGUUCUUCAGAAGACACUAAUGAUAGGUCCACUUCGCCGCAGAGUUCCAUGCUACUCGCGCACCAUCAACAGCAGCAAUCAAGUUCUAGUACUACAACAAAUUUUCUUUGGAGGAAUGAUCAUCAAAAUGCUAUGGUUUUCAAUCCAGCUCAUGAACAAGUCUUCAUGCCUCUUCAUGGUGUUAACUCCUAUGAGGUUAAAAUGGAAGACGAAAAUCUUCACCAGGGUUUUGUUCAUGAGUCUUCUUAUCCACAUAACAUGGUUUUCCAAAUGCAACAUUAUUCACAUGCAUAAAGGAUUAUUGUAGUGAAUUAUUAAACUCAAAAGUGCUUAGAGUUUCUAUGAUUUUUCCCAAGGUCUAUGUGAAAAUCUUAUUUUCUGAACGAGCUCAAUGAUUAUGCAAGAAUCUCAAAAUAACGGUUCAUUGAGAGAAGAAAGGUUUCGCAAAUGUUGGUGAAUCAUUUGGGAGUGUAAGUGCAUGCAUGCAAUUUAACGUCCAAGUCAGUAUAACGAUUGAGGUGAGUUAGAGGCUGAGAAUGACGCAUACCUUGCUUGAUUGUCAUGAUAUGAGAUUUAUAUAGUCCGAAAAACGUAAUAUUGGACUUGAGUCGAUCCGAAAAAAACACUCUAUAACAUCUUACAUUAGAGUUUUGGUUAAUUCUCGGCAUAUCAACUAGAAGGAAGUUACAAAUUUAUUUCUAUGUAAUAAAUAAAACCUCAGGGAAGGAGAAAGCCUCAAUGCUAGUAAGUCCCUAAUGUUAAUUUUUGGAUUGUUAUAAUGUGUAAGAAUAAUUGAUUUCAAAUGAAGAUUAUAAUGGAAUUUCAACUUAAUACAAAAACUUUGAAAUUUGAAUU